AUGGUUGACGGCUCCAGGAAGUACCUAGACGGGGAGAAUGUCUACGAUGCAACACCGCCCAGCUCCCCUCGUCUGCGACGAGUCGUACCCCCUGUUUCUCGUAAACAGAGCGACAAUGGGGAAGUGAGCGCUCCUGAGCCGCCCACCCAAGCGAGCACGGUGCAAAGUGCGUCACCCCCCCGCGCACCAGAAGUUGAGCCUCUCCGCGAGGAGGAGAGCGAAGAAGUCCACAUGGACCCUGCAGCAAAUGAGAACUCCGCCCUAGCACCAAAGCCCGCUGCGCAGAGGACCGUCUCGCCCAGGAAGUUGAGGUUACGACCAGGCCGCGCUGCUCCACAGGCCAGAGCGACGUCCUCUCUCACUUUCUCCGACGAGAACGAGAGCGUGCAGAAGGAACCGGCGGCAAAGGAGUACACCGCCCCAGCAUCAGAUUCAACCACGAUGGAUAACAGCCGACCCAAGAGAGCAAUGACACGAUCCGGGCGUGCUGCCCCAGAGGCCAGGACCCCUAGCACCCUCGAUGAGGGGAAUGAGAAUCUCCAGAGCGAACCGGCGAUGAAUCACACCGCCGCCCCAGCACCAUCAGAGCCACCCGUGCAGAACAGCACCGGGGUCGAAAGGAGACCGAGUCGAUGGUCCUCGUGGCGUACUCCACUGCCUAGGGAUCCAUACCCGCUACGGAGCCGUGGAAAGGCUAAGAACACGGAUGCAUGA